AUGGAAUUCGAAUCAAAAGAACAAGAAGUUGAUGGUGAAACUCUUUCGCUAAUGAACAAUGUGGAUAGUAUCAAGUCUAUCUUUCCCAAGUACAAACAACAACUUUUAUUUCUUCGCGAACGGAAAAAAUUAUUCGAUGAUUCAGCAACAUAUGAUGAAAACAAAGAAAACGAGAGUGCGAAGCAGCAAACGGUUCUUACAUCUAAUUCUACUCUUUUUUCCGAUGACAUACCUAUCAUUUCAUCAACACCAAACAAUACACAAAUGUCAAAUCAUAUUCAAGAAUUAUCUAUUAGCGAAACAUCAACACAGGAAAUUGACAUUCUCAGUAAUCCGAAUGUGACAAAUGAUUCAGUACAAAAGUCUUCACUACCUGAAGAUUAUCGUUUAUCGUCUCUUCCGGCAUCGUUACUAAAAGAUAUUGAUAAUGGUGAUCUAUCGAAAUUCAAUAAUCAUUGUAAGAAUAGACAAAUAUUGCUCGACACACUAUUUUUUGAUUUAACGAACAAUUACAAUAUCUGGUACGUAUCCAUCUCAUCAAGAGUACGACAUAAUAGUCGACGCGAUUUUGAAUCUUUUAAAAAUCCAAAAGUCUAA